AUGUUGUUCACAUUCGAUACGGCCAAGCGGGACCUAUUAUGCUUCAGCUAUUCCUGUACACGGCGUUGGAUUACGUUUCACCUUAAAGAGCAGAGAGGACGGUCUUGGCCAAUAUCGGCACGGCAGCCACCUGUCCCCAGCGCAAGCAAUUUUUUCGAAUAUGGCGCACCGAACCAUCCAAAACUAUUCAUUGAGGCCCUAAACUGCGUGUACAAUCCACAUACUGACCGACAUGGACAAAGCUCGAUGUUGGCCAGAGUGUCUGGCACUCGGCCGGCUGGAGGUGCCGUUUGCGAUGAUCGAUCCGUGAAUCGGAUGGAGCACCCGCUGGACGACCCGAUCGCUGAUAAUCACGAACGGUUUACGUGCUGGGGCGGGGACGUCGCUGGGUGCAUCGAUCGAUAUUGCGUUCCAGUUACUUGGAUUGUUCGAGUCCGAUGGAGACGGCCAUUUGUGCCAAAAGAAGACUUCGAUAACCAGAAAGUGACCUGA